GCCUCCUCCGGGUCCGCCUCCCCGCCGCCCAGCUGCGCGCCCGGGCGGGCCCGCUUGGCAGCGUGUCCGGCUCUCUCCCGGGCGCCCUCCUCCCGGCUCGCCAGGCCCGGAGCGCCCCCUGUGGCCGCCUGGCUGCCCCCGGGGCGCCCCCUCCCUCCCUCGCCGCCCGCCUGCCUCCUUCCCCGGCCGCCUCGUCGCCGGCCAGCCGCGCCGUCCUUGCCCCGGCUCCGCAUCGCGUCCUUGGCCCGCCGGCGCGCCCCGCCCCGUCCCUCGCCGGCCAGAAGCAGCAGCAGCAGCGCCGGGGGCGGCAGCCCGUCGUUGCGCGCGGCGCCCCGGGCGAGGACGAGCCGAGGCGGCGGCUCUAACAGGUGGGAUCCCGCGGCGAGGGGGCGGAGGAGCCAGCGGGCGGGGGCAAAGGAGGAAGGAGCGGCCAGACCCAGACCCAGCCCCGCCGACACCGACGCCGCCGACGCCUGCCAGGCGAGCUGGUUCCCGCGCCACACCAGCGCCUGCUGCCGCCCCAGCUCGCCGGUGCCUUGCCAGCGCCGCCGCUGUCCCGGCCGCCCCCGUCCGUCCCGCCUGCCUGCCUGCCCGCCGCGUCGCCGGCCUCGCCCGCCUGCCCGCCCUCGGGGCUCCUCCUUCCGCGCUCGCCUUGGCCACGCCACGCCAGGCAGGGCGCCGCGCUCGGCGCUCGCUCGCGCUCUCCGCCCGGGACAGGGGCUGCUCCGCCGCCGCCGCGAUGCCGAAGCCGACCCAGCCGCCGCCGCCGCCGCCGCUCCUGCUGCGCUCGGCCAGCGGCGGCGGAGGCGGCAGCCGCCCCGGGGACAGCGAGCUGGGCCGGCAGUUCCGGGACUGGUGCCUGCGCACCUACGGCGACUCGGCCAAGACCAAGACGGUGACCCGGAGCAAGUACCAGCGCAUCGCCGAGGUGCUGCAGGGGGGAGCCGGCGCGGGCGGCGGAGGCGGCGGCGCAGGAGGAGAGAAAGGCAAGUUCCAGUUCUGGGUGCGCUCCAAGGGCUUCCGCCUGGGCAACGGCGCUCGGGAGCCGCCGGCCGCGGCGGCGAAGAUGGGUCAAGUGGUGGUCUAUGUGCCGGUGAAGACGGGAACGACUGAAAUUGCUAAUGAGGGGCAGAAAAUAAGCCCGAGAAUGAAGAAGCAGACGUUGAAGAGGCAGGCAGAUAGAGGAGGUGCAGAUGCUGGAAGCUCUAUUGCCACCUCCAAGGAUUCAGAAAAGGGGGCAGAUGGUCUGUCGGAGCCCGAGGGCAUCGCUCUCAAGCGCGUCGCUGUGGUGGAAGAUUUCUUUGACAUCAUCUACUCGAUGCAUGUGGAGAGCUCGGCGGAGCCAGGCAAAGCACCCAAACAUGCCGGGCAGAAGAAGACCUACCGGGCGAUUGCUGAAACUUACGCCUUCCUUCCAAGAGAAGCUGUGACCAGGUUCCUGAUGAGCUGCACUGAGUGCCAGAAAAGGAUGCAUUUCAAUUCCAAUGGGGUGGAGCCCAAAGGUAGGACUGAAAAUGAACCUCCUUCCUCUCUGGUCUCUGGCAUCAUUGACUACAACAUGCCCCUCACCUCCACCUACCUGAAGCAGAUGAAGCUGCGUGUCAUGAAUUCCCAGGAGCAGGAUGAGACAUCCGUGAGCAGUGAGGACUUUGAUAUGAGUGACUCCACAUGGAUGUCAGCUGACCAGCAUCUUAACUCCAGUCUGAGUCCUAGCCAGGAGGAAGGGAUGCGCAGCCCGCAGAACAUCCACAGCCAGGAGGAUGACGAUUCUUCCUCAGAGAGCUGUAGCGGGAACGGCUCCUCAACCCUGAACCCGUCCACCUCCAGCAGCACUCAGGGGGAUGCCGCCUACCCAGAGAUGAACGGGAAUGGAGCUGCCGUUCCCAUGGAUUUCAGUGCCUCCUCUGAGGACCAGCCCAUCAACCUGUGCGACAAGCUGGCACCUGCCCACGUCACCCCCUCCUACCAGUCGGACGGUUGCAGCGCCGAUGGCCUGCGGAGCCGUGCGAAAUAUGGAGCCAAAAGCACAGCCGAGUCGCCUCCAUACAGCUCUGGCAGUUACGAUUCCGUCAAGACCGAGGUCAGCGGCUGCCCUGAAGACCUGACUGUGGGCAGAGCUCCAGCCGCUGACGAUGACGACGACGAGCACGAUGACCAUGAGGACAACGACAAGAUGAACGAUUCGGAAGGAAUGGACCCAGAGCGGCUAAAGGCCUUCAAUAUGUUUGUACGCCUUUUUGUGGAUGAGAAUCUGGACCGCAUGGUUCCCAUCUCCAAACAGCCCAAAGAGAAGAUCCAGGCCAUCAUUGAAUCCUGCAGCAGGCAGUUUCCUGAGUUCCAGGAGCGAGCUCGCAAGCGCAUCCGCACUUACCUCAAAUCCUGCCGCCGCAUGAAGAAGAAUGGCAUGGAGAUGACCAGGCCCACCCCGCCCCACCUGACCUCAGCCAUGGCCGAGAACAUCCUGGCAGCCGCUUGCGAGAGUGAGACGCGGAAAGCAGCCAAAAGAAUGCGGCUGGAGAUCUACCAAACGUCACAGGAUGAGCCGGUUGCCCUGGACAAGCAGCACUCCCGGGACUCAGCCGCCAUCACUCAUUCGUCCUACACACUGCCAGCCUCUUCUUUCUCCCAAGAUCCCGUCUAUAUCAACGGGAGCCUGAACUACAGUUACCGGAGCUACGGAAGCCUUGGAGGCAGCCUGCAACCUGCCUCCUCGCUCCAGACAGGGAAUCACAGUAAUGGCCCCACCGACCUCAGCAUGAAAAGUGGGGCGCCCAGUACCCCCACCCCUGCCACCACCAACAGCACGAACAGGGGGGUGCCAGCCGCCCAGCUCAGCCCCACGGAGAUCAGUGCGGUGCGGCAGCUGAUCGCCGGUUACCGGGAGUCCGCAGCCUUCCUCCUCCGCUCUGCAGAUGAACUGGAAAACCUCAUUUUACAGCAGAACUGACUGCUGGCCUCCCUUUGGCUCCUGUGCCAGAAGACACUGUCCUUUGCUUGCAGAGGGGCUCCCUUUGAUAAUCUGCUCAGGACUGGCCAUUGCUCUGCCUACCAACCACCUCCAAGCUGGCACAGGUUCUGACUAUUUUUUUAUAAGGUGGGAUCCAAAAAGAUCUGUUUCUUCUUGGAGCAGGAGCCCAGGGCCUGAGGACCUGCCUUUUGAACCUGCCUGCGCCAGUGCACUCCAACAACGACCCAAAGGAGCCGGCCUGCAGCCUGGAGAGACGUAGGACUAUUUUGGGGGGGGGAGGAAGACGUUGGGGUGGGGAGAGCUGGUGGGGGGGGAUGGAGCUACAGGCACAGUCAGAAUUUACUUUUGUAGAGCCCCCUUUCCAGCACCUGCCCCCCCCAUCCUGCCUCUUCCAUAUCUUAGAAAUUCCAUAUUUAUUGAGAAACGGGCCCUCCCUCGCCAGGAUUUCUCCUCCCCUUCUCCCUCUCUUCCCCCACCCCCUAAUUUAUUUUUCUUUCUUUUUUUGAAAAUGAAUUUUUGAGUUUGUACAGAUUUGCCACUUUUGUGUCUGUCAGAUGAGGAGGAGGUUUAAUCCUGCACCGUCACACAUUCCGUCCCGUGUUCCCGGGGGGCUGGAGGGUGAGGAUGGGGAGACCAGCCGCCCAGGCAGCUGCAGACCCUCUGCUUCUUCUCCCACUUUUCCACCAGGCAGCCCUGUGGCAGAAGCCGCGGGGCUCAGAGGCCAGCCCCGUCCCCCAGCCACUUCCAGUUAGCAGGACUUGCUCUGGUCACUUUAAAGGAAAAGCCCCUGGGGCCCAGAAGAGAAGCAGCUGCCCAGCCUUCUUCCUCCACACUCUACCUCACUCUGCGUUGUGGGUUUUUUCCAGACUCGGGGAGAGUCCAGUCGUCAACCCUCAGGGGCAUUUGAGCCAGCAGACCAGGCCUGUUCCUCGCUGCCCUUCCUAACUUUGUUUUUUGGGGAGGGGCUUGCUCAAGGCAGGGUUGCAUUAGCUACAUGAAGGGGAAAGGGAAGGGACGAAAUGCAGCUUCCUGUUCACGUCAUUCCUGGAAGGGUUUUGUUUUUUUAUAUAAAGGCUUCUUUGCAGCAAACUAGGCAAAGGACUCUUGCAAGAAGCCCAGUUUCUGAUGCGUGGAACUAGGCUCGAGCCACUACUUUCUCCCCUCCAGUUCUCCUUCCCACAGCCCCCGCCCAUGCCUCUCCACCCACGAAAUGCACUUGCUUUUUUGCUCAGUGCAAUAUUUUUUCAGUGCUGCUAAAAUCAGGAAUGGAGGAGCUGAGGCAGCAGAGCCAGGCCAUGGGAACUGCUCAGAGCCAGAAGCAGAGGACACCAGAAAGCCCAAGGCCUCGGAAAUGGGGUGAAUUUGCUACACCUCCCCUCUGCUCCUAGCUGGGUAACUUUGACUGCCCCCAAGCUUCCCCGUGAUGCCACAGCCUGCUAGGGAAAGGGCCACAGAGUACCAGCCCUUGCAAAGUUUAGGAGAAAUUUGCAGCAGCAGCAGCAGCAGCAGCAGCACUCCUAAAUUCCUUAUUGGAAGCUCUCCCAUUUAGGGCCCAUAGGCCAUUUUCCUAUCGGAAGUGAGCUUCUUUUGUUCAGAGUUUUUAUUUGCCUUGUUUCAUGAGGUGAAAGAAAUACAACACUCCAUUCCUACGCCCAGUUUGUAUGGAAACGACUUUUGCUUGUUUGAGAGGAACUUUCUUCCCCGUAUAUUCGCUUGGGAUCAGACUUAAGUUUUAAGCCACAUUUUGUACCCAAGAAGUUCUCAGGAACAAACAACUGCAGACCCUUGGCAAUUGCGGCUCUUCAUGGCUCGGUUGCAUUGUUUCUCCGUGAGCGUGGCUUUGUUGCACAUGAGAAUUCCUGAUCCUAGUUCACAUCCCCAGAGUUUCUCUAAUUUUAGUCCGCCGAGUGACACCCCAGGGGUUCCAGGGAAGGCCCUCCUUCCAGCCCCCCUUCUCUCUUGAUUUCCUCUGCAGCAGAGAACACCCAGGUGUGCGUGACCUGCUGCUUCUCCCUCUCAACUUUGAUUUUCUGUAAAUAUUUAUUAUUGUGAAAGGCCCAGGAAAGAAUCAGCCCUUACCACACCGCUUCUGUGCAACCCUGAGCGUUGAAAGUGUGGCAGAGACAAUCGCUGUCCUUAAUAAAAUCCUGGUGUUCGGUUUUGUCAUGUGCGGCCUUCGCAUUGCUGGAGGCGCCACCAGGAGCCAUAGCCAUGAGGCGGGGGCGGGGGGGGGGCUGUUUACCCAAGAGAACAGGCUGCUUAGGUAAAAAGGUCUCCCCCACCCCACCCCGGGUGUCAUUUUUUAGAGUCCUCUUCACUAGAUCACUUUGGAACUUGGCUUCGUGGGCGUAUGUUGCUGCUUUCGUUUUUUAAACCACUGGUUAGAAUGUUUUGAGACUGAUCUGGUAAGGCUCACGGAAAGAGACCAACGGGAAAGCCAACCGGGGCUCACAACCGACAUCAGGGUUGGGUGGAGUUCAGGUAAGUAUAGCAUCUGUGGUCACAUUUGGGCCACGGAAGCCAUCUUUUGUGUGUGUGUUUAUAGCUCUAAUUGUCUUAGGACAUCUCUGUGGUCUUCAGCCGAUGAUCCCUAUUGAGUAGGGACCCCGAUUCCUGCAGAAGGCCCAGCCCACCUGUUCUUAAAAACAGGACGAGAGCCCACAGAACUGCAUGGGCCGGCAGGUCUUUUUACAAAAACCGAGGAGAAAUCUCCACCCACAAGUCCCUUCCCCAUAGCAGCAUUUUGGGCCAGGGAAAGGCAUUCGCAGGAUUCCAAGUAGAAACACCCCCCCCAAACAUUCUCCCAACACUGGAAGGCCCUCCCCUCUCUCAUAGACGGCUGUAACGUUUAGUACCAGUUCAUUUACGAGAAAUGCUGCUUUGAACUCAGAGGGUUAAAUAAGAUUUUGAUUUGUAAUUUUUUGUAAAACUUUUUACAAGGUAGCCUAGUGAUUUCACCGGAAUACCAACUACAAUCUGUCCAUGGUCUGAUUUUUAUAUAAUUUAGUGGUGCUUUAGAGAAAGUUCGGUUUGGUUGUUGUUUCAGAGCUGUACAGCUCAGUUCUUCGCCUGUAUCUACCUAAGACCAAUGUGAACCUUUGUACUUUUUGCUCCUGACUUUGGACUCAGUGAAAGUGUACUGUUUACAUGUACAGAACUCCCAGCACAUCCCGUGUUCUGCAAGACCUGCUCUUGGUGAGACACCCCCUCACCCUUGUUCAUCUGCUUAGCAGAGCCACAGACUCUCUCAUCGGCACCCUGCCCAUCUCUGUGCACAAGAGCGCAUGCCCGCCCCACUCCUGGGAUGUGCUGCUGCAACCCAGAGGGUUUGUACACAAGCCAUUCCGUGUUCUCCAGCGACCAGUUCAGCUAUCGGGAUCUUUAAUGCGGUAGGACUAAGGUGAAAGCAAACAAGCUAGAAUCUCCCUCGCUAGUCAGUCCACAGGAUGGCACUACUUAAUUCUGUCUUCUGCUCUCUGAGCACCAAGGCACAAGAAACAGGGGCUGUGGGGCACGCGUGACCCAGGAACGAGACUGACGAAGCCCAAGAGGCACCCAGACUUCCCUAGAGAUGCUAGAGGAAGGAAAUGGCACUUAAAACCAGCUUGAGAAGGUGACACUUUAUGGCUUAAAUCUAUUGAAUUCUAAAAAAAAAAAAACCUUCCCUGACAGGCACCUAUGCAACUUCAUGUGGCUCUUCUAAGCAGAUGGGCACUUCCUCCUCCAUGUGCUAUGGAAAUACUUUUUGUGUUAUAUACAGUGGAUCUUUUUCCAGUAAAUGUGGCUUAAUAUUUUAAUUCUUAGAACGUGUGUUUGUUCUAUGUAAUGCAACUUAAUUCUGUUCUGUUUGUGAAAUGAGUAGCACAGGCCAUCCUCCUUGUCCCAGUCACUUAAAAAAAGACCAACGAGCUGUUUAAAUCGAGCGGUUCUUUCCAUCCAUGGUAUUACUUGCUAAAUGCACUGAUUUCAUAAGUAUGUGGAAUUUUUUUGAGUCUGUAUAUCAUAUUAUAAGACUGAAUCUACUUAAUAAACACUGUAUAACAAACAGAACGCA